AGACACACCUGUCAAAAAACUCCGAAGAACUGUCAAAAGCGAGUGUUUUUAAUUUAUUUUUCUUGAAGAAAGUGCGUAUUAAUUGAAAAGUUUAUGAAUAUAAACCGUAAAAGAGAGCUUUUUAACAUUUUAUCAACGAGGUUUAAAAAAAAUAAGAUCCUAUAUUACUAAUAAAAUAUUUAUCAAAGGAUUCCUGUUGCCACCCAUAAAAAAUGAGGAGAAAGGCAGGCAUCGGAGCGAUUCACAAGCAGAAGCUCGAGCAAGAAAAGUACAAGGACAAAGGAACCGAAAUCCAGGAAAACCAAUUCGAACAAAUGACCAAGCAAAUGGAGACUUUCCGCGUCAAUCUCGAGGAAUUCGCAACGAAACACAAAACGGAAAUAAAAAAGAACGCGCAAUUCCGUCGGCAAUUUACCGAAAUGUGCGCUUCCAUCGGCGUCGAUCCUCUCGCAUCCGGAAAAGGUUUCUGGUCCGUCCUCGGAAUCGGUGACUUCUACUACGAACUUGCAGUUCAAAUUGUCGAAGUUUGUCUCGCAACAAAUUACAAAAAUGGAGGACUAAUUUCCCUCGAUGAAUUGCGAGAGCGACUAGUUCAGGCGAGAGGAAGGCGCAAGGAACACCAGGAUAUCACGAAUGAAGAUCUUCUAGCAGCAGCUAAAAAACUCAAGAUUUUUGGAAACGGUUUUUCGGUAGUUCCGAUCGGUCGAGGAAAAUAUUUGGUUCAAUCAGUUCCUGGGGAAUUGAGCAUGGAUCACACCGCAGUUUUGCAGCAAGUCAGUUUAUCCGGAAAUGCUUUCGCUUCCAAAAAUAUUUUAGAAAAAGAACUGAAAUGGGGAGGUGAGCGGGCACAGAAAGCUUUGGAUCACAUGGUUAAGGAAGGUCUGGCGUGGCUGGAUAAUCAAGGCGAGAAAGAAACCUUGUAUUGGUUUCCGAGUUUAUUCACUGCUUGCAUUUUGUCCAAAGCGUAGCAGAAUUUCCUUCCUGUUUCCGGUUUUAAAUAUUAAUAUUAAAUCCAGGCCUAGGACUCAUCAAAGAUAUGCAAAAUAGUGUAAAUAGUGUUACUGAAUUUCAAAAAUAAUUUUGGAAUAUAGUGUAAUUUUGCAAACAUUAAAAA